AUGGCCGAGAAGCCGCCACCAUCGCCGUCUUCGGCUAGCCCAGGUUCUGUUAAAGAGAAGAUCCAGCAAUUAGACCUAUCUGAGGUUAAUGAGGGCAACGUCAUGACCAUCACUCUGGACAAAUUGACACCUGAUCAGAAGGAGUUUGAAGCAAUGAUGCAGCAAGCACGGAACCAGUUCUUGAACUCAUUCAUGCAGACCCGCAAGGGAACAGUGGUGCAAAAGUAUCAGGUGCGAGUAGUGGCUGAUGUCCCCGGGACCGGUUCUUCCAAGGAUGGGGAGAUGAAACAAGCCUUAGGUGGCUCGGCUCAACCGAGCAACAAAGGUGCUACAAAUGGAUCGGCUCAGGAGAAUCAGGGUGACCACUCUCAAGGAGUACAUGGAGUUCAAGGUCAGCUGGUUAAUCCUCGGCAGUUGAUGAGAGAGAACCCACAGCAUAGUGGGCAGGUUGCGAAUCGGCUAACGCAGGAUCAGGUUGCUACCAUGUUUCUACCACUUCAACCUACUGUUGAUCUAGUCCAGCAGCAGCCGAUUCAACAAACACCCCCAAUCCAACAGGUCGUACAACCAAUUCAGCAACAGGUUGUGCAGUCAGUUGAACAAACGCCACCAAGGCAGCAGAUUGUACAUCCGAUUCAGCAGACGCCAUCAAGACAGCAGACUAUCCAACCGAUUCACCAGCAAGGCUUGAUGAAUCCAUCGGCUGGGCAACAUACUCUGAAUCAGGUUGUUCCAGAGCAUUUGGUCCAUCACGUGCAGCUGGAUCAUACGGUAGUACCUCAGAUUGUCCCUGAGCACUUGGUACGAAAUAUUCAGCCAAACUAG